AGAGAGGGAAAUCUGCCUGUAGUACAGAAUACGUGGUAAGACGAGUUUAAGGAGGACUGAAGAGGACAGACUGGGCGUGGCUCUGAAAUGUCGGUACCAAGAUUGGAAUUCGCUAAAUACUGAUCCCUGAUCUUCACAUAUCUAUAUAACAUGCAGAUCGUGGCUGUGGUAUCCUUCCUGUUGGUUACAACAGUCGUCCUGUCGUCGAGGGAUCAAUGCUUUAACUGUAACGGAGUGUCGGAUCAAAAGGACUGCAACGUCAUUACAAGCUGUGGCGAAAACGAGGCGUGUUACGUCAGGAAAUUUACACAGUACAACGGUAAACCGCUGUUUGAGUCCGGGUGUAUUAGCAAACAGAACUGCCAGAUAAUUCACCAAGUUUCCGGAUUAGGUAGAAAACGAGAUGAUGGGAUAACCAACUGCUAUGAAUGCUGCACCACCGGAAACGGAACUUACCCGUGCAACGACAAUUUAUGCGGAAAUCCUCCUGCCACUGAAAAGAGAUGUUAUUCCUGUUCUGAUACAAUAAAUCCCGAGGAUUGCGAAAACGUUGUUUCCUGUGAUCAGGAUUCGAUGUGUCACACGGGGACCUACAUACAUCCACUGAGCCGGGAAAUACGAUACACGCUUGGGUGUUUGGGCAAAACCACGUGUACAGCCCUGAUGAACCACUGGCACAGCUACCAGACGUCAUCACAGUCAAGCGGUCACAUAACGCUGCAACACUGCAACGACUGCUGCAACACGGACUUCUGCAACAUCAGACUGUGUGGCAUCCCCAAACGAGUGAAGCCUGUGUUCAUUCAAAAACCGGACAACAGUACACUACGUCCAGAGUUUGAGGGGGUCAUUCUCGUGUGCAAGACGGAUCCAACGUCCAACGCUACCUUACACUGGGAAUUCAAAGGCCUUUCAGGGGGCACGACUAUAUCCAGUCAAGCUAGGGAAAUCAGUGUACCUAACAACGUUAAUUUGACGAUUUUCCCAGUUCAUCAGUCCGAUAUGGGGGAGUAUAUUUGUUCGGCGACGAAUUCAGUGGGGACCUCCACGACUUCAGCAUUUUUAUCUCCAAAAUAAA